CCUGGGCUAGACUUGGUCUUCUGGGGGUGGGAAGGGCCAUGGGGGAUCUACUUAUGCUCAGAGUGGCUGUGGGCAUAUGCUAUGUAACCUUCAGUGCCUCUGCUUGGUCAGUGAACAAUUUCCUGAUAACAGGGCCCAAGGCCUAUCUGACCUAUACCACCAGUGUGGCCCUGGGCGCCCAGAGUGGCAUCGAGGAGUGCAAAUUCCAAUUUGCUUGGGAACGCUGGAACUGCCCUGAAAAUGCUCUCCAGCUCUCCACUCACAACAGGCUAAGAAGUGCUACCAGGGAGACUUCUUUCAUUCACGCUAUCAGCUCUGCUGGAGUCAUGUACACCAUCACCAAGAACUGUAGCAUGGGUGACUUUGAAAACUGUGGCUGUGAUGAGUCAAAAAACGGUAAAACAGGAGGCCAUGGCUGGAUCUGGGGAGGUUGUAGUGACAAUGUUGAAUUUGGGGAAAGAAUCUCCAAACUCUUUGUGGACAGCCUGGAGAAGGGGAAGGAUGCCAGAGCCCUGAUGAAUCUUCAUAACAACAGGGCAGGCAGGCUGGCAGUGAGAGCCACCAUGAAGAGAACUUGCAAAUGUCACGGCAUCUCGGGCAGCUGUAGCAUCCAGACAUGCUGGCUACAGCUAGCUAACUUCAGGGAGUUGGGCAACUACCUAAAGGCCAAGUACGAACGGGCACUGAAAAUUGAGAUGGAUAAACGGCAGCUAAGGGCUGGGAACAGUGCUGAGGGCCACUGGGUACCCACCGAGGCCUUCCUUCCUAGUGCAGAAGCUGAGCUGAUCUUUUUAGAGGAAUCGCCUGAUUACUGUACCCGCAAUUCCAGCUUGGGCAUCUAUGGCACAGAAGGUCGGGAGUGUCUGCAGAACAGCUGCAACACAUCCAGAUGGGAGCAAUGCAGCUGUGGGCGCUUGUGCACAGAAUGCGGCCUGCAGGUGGAAGAGAGAAGAACUGAGGCUAUCAGCAGCUGUAACUGCAAAUUCCAGUGGUGCUGCAUGGUCAAGUGUGACCAGUGUAGGCAUGUAGUGAGCAAAUACUACUGCACGCGAUCCCCAGGCAGUGCUUGGUCCCGGGGCAAGGGCAGUGCCUGACAGCACCUCACAGGAACUUACUGCUCAGUUGUAUGACAGUGGAGGGGACACAGCUUCUCUCUUGGAGAGAAGAGGUAAGGAAAACAAUUGGGAAACCACAGGGUUGAUCUGUAGUCCUCUUGAUAUCUGCUGUACAUGGGGAAGUGGAGGCCCAAGAUGAUACAGCAUGUUCUUGACAGAGCUGAAAUGGGAAUCUGUGCCUCCUAACUUGGGUAGACCCCAUUUCAUCUUUUCUGCAAGUUACUUCCUGGUCUUUCUGCCUAUAAUACUAUAGCUUGCUAAAGGGGAAGUUUGAUUUGGGGUCUAUAUCCAGAAAGACCUUCAAAAUACUUGCCCCUGGAGUUUCAGACCACAUCCAGCCCAGCUGUAUGGCUAAGAAUCAGAGGGGAUGGAAGCCAAAAAUGGAAGUGUUCUGUCCAGACUCCUGAAGGAGUAACCGUCCCCUACUCUGGCUAGCUCCAGAAAGAUCAGCUAUAAGUUCAUAGAGAUAAGUGAGGCAGAGACUACACACCUGCCUAUAGGGACGUAUUUUUGGUGUUGGGUUUUUUAACUCAAUGCACAUUUUUGAAAAGUUCUCCCUACGCAUUCCUGGGGAAACCAGUAUCUCAUAUAACCUGACAACUUUUCUAACUCAGAAACCAUUUCUGGAGCCAUGGAGAAGGAAUUGGCACAGUAAGUGGACAGGUGACUACAACUUAUCCAGUCAAAGCCUCCCAAGAGGGAUUUUUUCCCAGAAGAGCUGUAGAACAACUCUCUUUUGUUAUUUUCCCAAAUUGGGAACUCAACUUCAUUUUGCAAUAAAUGCUUCUAGUAUACACUUUUGAGACUUUUUGUUUCUCUCCUUGGAAGCCUUAGGAUCAGAAAGGGAAUGAGAGACUCCACUUCUAUAUUCCAGUGAUGUACAAGUCUAAAAGAGAAACUGGAAAUACCAAUCCCUUGAUAUUAGUGUUAGAUAUCAGAUAAUAAAAUUCAGACUCAAGCACUGGCCUAUAGGAAAAUAAUCCAGAUUUCUUGAUUUAGAAGGUAUUAUUUUAACGCAACCUAAGCAACUUGAGGAACAAGCAAGCCCUUUGAACUUGAACCAUAUUCAAAGUGUGUUUGCUCUCUCAACUUAGGCUUCCUGGGGUGUCUGUACACGGAGGAGCUGGGCUCCAAGGCAAGAGACUGGGAAAGUUGUGGAUUCUCCCUUCCUCAUUUGCACUUCUACGUGUUCCACUGGUAAUCUGUGGGGGGAGGGUAGUUCCCAUAAAGAGAGCCCUAGGGGCUCAGCCACUGGUCUCCUAAAUCUGAGGAUCUCAGCCUUUAGAGUCUCACCUCUCUACAAAGGCCAAACACCCCACAGAGAAGAGAUAUUCAGCUAUGUUAAAUAAAUAAGUAAAAUGAUUGAUCACCAAGAGUAGGGAAACAUUCCUAAUGUUUUAAAUUGAAAAAAACAAUUUAAAUGUUCAACAUCAGGGCAAACUAAUUAAGU